GAGUCAUCGUUUGGCGUGUCAUGACAUCACAUGAUUGGUCACAUGAUCCAGAAAGAAACAACAAUAUAGAAUCAUGUUACGGUUGAUUUCAUUAAUCUGCAUGCUUGGUGCUUCUCAAGCGUUAGACAAUGGUCUUGCUUUGACCCCACCCAUGGGUUGGUUGUCAUGGGAACGGUUCCGCUGCAACACUGACUGCAAAAAUGACCCAGACAAUUGCAUCAGUGAAAAUCUCUUCAAAACCAUGGCAGACCACAUAGUAUCUGAGGGUUAUAAGGAUGCAGGUUAUGAGUAUGUUAACAUAGAUGACUGCUGGCUGUCACACGAACGUGAUGCUCAGGGACGAUUACAGGCUGAUCCAGAUAGGUUCCCCAGUGGUAUCAAAGCUCUUGCUGAUUAUAUUCAUGACAAAGGCCUUAAAUUUGGCAUCUAUGAAGAUAUAGGCACACACACAUGUGGAGGUUAUCCAGGGGUAGAAUAUUACUUUCAACAAGAUGCCCAACAAUUUGCCGAUUGGGGUGUAGAUUUUGUUAAGCUGGAUGGGUGUUACAUUGAUAGUAAAGAAUUUGAUACUGCUUAUCCUGCAUUUGGACAUUGGAUGAACAAAACUGGUAGACACAUGGUAUACUCCUGUAGUUGGCCAGCGUAUCAGAGCGGCCAUAUGACGCCGGAUUAUCCUUCAAUUGCCAAGUACUGUAACUUGUGGCGUAACUAUGGCGAUAUCCAGGACUCAUGGGAUAGUGUCCAAGAUAUUAUCACUUGGUUCGGGAAAGAUGCUGGCAACUUCAGUGCUGUAACUGGUCCCGGGGCAUGGAAUGAUCCUGACAUGUUGAUUAUCGGAGACUAUGGUUUGAGUAUUGACCAGCAAAAGGCGCAGAUGGCCAUGUGGGCAAUGAUGGCAGCACCGUUGAUCAUGUCGACAGAUCUGCGUAACAUCCGUCCCGAAUCUAAGGCUAUCCUGCAGAACAAGGGAGUCAUAGCUAUUAACCAAGAUCCCAUGGGAAAGAUGGGCAAGGUUGUUUACACUCAAUCAAAUGUGCAAUUGUGGUCUCGACCCAUUCUACCAGAGGGCAGCGUAGCCUUUGCUUACCUCUACACUGGAACGGGUGGCACCCCAUCACAUAUACAAGAUGUCGUUACAAAUGCUGGACUCACGAGCUCUAGGGGUUACAAUGUCACAUGCGCUUUUACAGGGAAACAUAUUGGAUAUUUCAAACCUACGGACAAGUUUGAUUUACAUGUGGACCCUACUGGGGUUUUCCUUGGAAUUGCAAAAAUCUUUUAAAUCACAACGAACAAGUGCCAUAAUGUUGGUUUAGAUAUGCAAAUUGCGAUAAUGAUUUUCCCCAUUGUAUUGAAAUUUCUCAAUUUUGUAUCUGUGAUUGUCUCAAAACAACAAUUUUAUGGGUGCAAUGAAUUUUCACGUGGUGCCUAUUUAAUGUGAUCACUGAUAGAAGCAGUGAUUUUGAAGUAAUUAAUGCAGAUUGGAUAUUCAAUCUACACUAUAAAUGUAUAAUAUAAGAGUAAUACAAUCACCAUGUAGACUUGUUCAGUAUUAGUACUUUUAAGUAAUGAUUAAACAAAUGCCUUUAGAAUAUUGGAUGCACUUCAACAUAGAAUUAAAAAGUAAUUUUAAUGUACUGCAGUAUAAGAACCCCAAUAAGAACACACUUUAUGUAUUUUUGUGUUUGUUGAGAUAGGGUAAGGGUAUCUAAAAUUGCAACAACAUGAUAUACCUAUAGUAUAUAAUAUAACAUGAAGUACAGUAAUAUGUCUUACUCAAACACCACAGGGACUAGCAAAAAAUGCUCAGAGUCAGAACAAUCGGUGUUCACAUUUCAAGGUUCCUUCAACAAAGGAGUCAAUUGGAGAUAACAAAAUUG